UUAUUUAAGAAAUAAAUAAUACGUUUGAAGAACGAAAUCUGCCAGUCCAAAAAUCCAUUAUAGUUGAUAUAGAAGGGUGAAAACGUCAUUUAAGGAGAGAAACAGUAUAAAUCUGCCAUGUCACCCGCCGCUUAACCUCGAGGGGUAUUUCCGUAAAUUACCAACGCUGCUGUGUAUUCCUUAAAUAUUACACGUGGCAACAUGUGAUUGGUCAAGGCAGUUAAUGUCAAUGAUAAAACUCAACUCUCAAGUCUGAAGACAGAAGAAUACUAAACUCCUUAAAAUUUCUCUCAGGCGGAGAAGAAGAAGAAGAGAGAAACGGCGCCGUUUAUUUAUUUGUCUGUCUUGGUAAAUUCGGAGUCUCUGCUUUUUGUGUUGCUGAAGAUGAAACUAAUCUAAUAAUUCAAAGAGUGAGUCUUUGAUUUGUAUUUUACUGUUUUGUGUUUUUUGAGUGGAGAAAGCUUUAAGAAGAGUGAAAGAUGGUGAUGGACUCAUCAAAAUGGUGGUGGAUUGGGAAUCACAACACCACAAAUUUCUCUCCUUGGCUUCAUUCUACUCUCUCUGAAUUGGAUGAAAAGACAAAAGAAAUGCUGAGAGUGAUUGAUGAGGAUGCUGAUUCUUUCGCCGCACGAGCUGAGAUGUAUUAUAAGAAAAGGCCUGAGCUUAUAGCUAUGGUCGAAGAGUUCUACCGUUCACAUCGCUCCUUGGCCGAGAGGUACGACUUGUUGAGACCCUCUUCUGUGCACAAACAUGGCUCAGAGAGUCAUGGGAAAUCAUCAACUUGUGAUGAGUCUUCUUGGUCUGAGGCUUGUGAGACUCAUGAGGACUAUGCGGAGUCUGAAAUAGAUAACGGUGAAAGCAAAUGGGUCGAUGAAGGUGAAAUCGAUGGCAUUGUCGAGGAAAUGGAAUCAUCGCAAGUCGAAUACGGUGAAGCUAGUGGAAGUUAUGAGAUGAUGAAGGAAGAGCUAGAAAGGCUGAGAGAGGAGAAUAAGGUUUACAGUGAAAUGGUGAGAGAAAAAGAUGAAGAGAAGAGAGAAGCUAUAAGGCAAAUGAGUGUAGCAAUACAAAUGCUUAAAGAAGAGAACUCAGAGCUAAAGCAACGUGUUACUACUGUUGUUGCAAGGCGUAACAAGGUAGGUGGUGAUUCUCAGAGGAAGCCAUUUGAGUUUAAGAAGAUUAAUCUUCAAGGGUUUUGGGGGAAAGUAGUAGGAAAUUGGGUUCUCCCAAACACAGAUUCUGCUUCUAGAGAGCUCAUGACUCUUUAGAGAAAACAGAGAGGUCUGAGUGAUCAAGAACAGAAACUGAGGAACUUUCUCUAAACAUCUUUGUACUCUGUGACAAGUAGGGUAUACUCUCAAGUGGUUAGUGUAAGGUAUCAUAGGAUUAUGGUUAUAUAGCUAAGCUAAGUCCAUGGGUGUUUGUUUUACAUUUUUUUUCUGUUGUUCGUUUUUUGUGUAUUUUUUUUUUUUUAAUCAAUUCUUUUGUUCUUUAUUAUCUAAUAUCUAUAAGUCUUUUUUUGUGUGUACUUCAUGGUUAUAAUAAGUUUAAGUCUUUUGGCCAUUA